AUGGACAAAGACCCCGGGACACCUCGCAAUGAUGCCAGUGCGACCUCGACUCCUCCUACCGAGGAGCCUCAGAGUCCAGCAUCGCCCGACCUCACUGCCAUAAAUGCUAUCAAUGCCCUUAACGCCGGAACGAGAAAAGAGAAAGGCCGAGUACGCUUUAAUAGUGUCGCCGGAGUCGAGCCACCAUCUUUUUUUGAUUUAUCUGGUUUUUCGGCGACACAAUCACGCAAUGAUGUUUUAUCGCUACCUCCGCGGCCUAGGCCUUCUGUUUUGCGUGGGAAUUCCUAUAACUCGGUGACUAGUAUUCCUGAGUCUAUCGAUGACGAUGAUCCUGCUUCCGAGAAAGUGAUGUCUGCCCACGCAGCACAGGAGCGUGCCCAGCAGAUUGCUGCAACCCUACUAGGCUCGCGAUCUGCCCCAGGGUCGACGAGAACCUCCCUGGACUCGGAUGCCGAAACAGUGAACAGCGGCGGUGUUGAUAUGCUCCCAGGAUUUCCCGGUAUAGCUCUGGACGACUUUCCUAUGAAUGCUACAGAUAUCGCCAAUGGUGACGCCGCACACAAGACUGCCUCUGAAGAACAACGGUCCGUGAAAAAGGAAGCGUAUAAUCUUGUCCGAUCGCACACACGAAGGCAUAACAAUGGAGUAUAUCAUACAGCGACCACUAGUACCGCCUUGAGUUCUGGCCAAAUUACGCCCAUCGACGGACCGAAACAUGAGUUAUACGUGACUCCGCCGACCGAAUAUCGCUCCAGUGUUCUGUCAAAUCUCCUGAAGCUGUAUAAGCCUGCUGACUCCGGCCUUUCUCUUAAUUAUCCACCUAGCCGGAAGUCUGAGCAUGGUAGUGAAUUUACCACACCGGGUUCUUCUGGUGCUACAACACCUAACCGGCGGAAAUGGUAUGAAAAGAAUCGCUCGCAAGAUACUUUAGCCAACCUGGUCGAAGCAUCUGCGCGUCUCGCCAGUGCUGGUGUUAGUGGGCCAGGGUCGAAUAAUAACAACAGCAGCAACAAUAACAACAAUACCCCCACAAAGCCAAAACGACCCAAGCACCGGCGUAGCCCGAGCGGACGAAUAUUGAGUUUCGGUCGACCACGGAUGGAAGAUGAGAUUCGUAUCACGAUGCACAUUGCGGAAACACUAACUCGGCAAAAGUAUAUCAUUAAGAUGUGUAAAGCGCUUAUGCUUUAUGGAGCACCGACUCACCGUCUUGAAGAGUAUCUGAGGAUGACAGCUAGGGUGCUUGAGAUUGAUGGCCAGUUCCUUUACUUACCCGGCUGCAUGAUCAUUUCCUUUGAUGACCGCUCGACACAUACCACCGAGGUGAAAAUCGUUCGCACUAAUCAGGGGAUCGAUCUCGGAAAACUCAGGGAUGUUCAUGAGAUAUACAAGCUGGUUCUCCACGACAAGAUUGACCUGGAAGAGGCUAUCGAAUCCCUAACGACGGUUAUGGAGACCAAGGAUAAAUUUCAUCCGUGGCUAAGAGUCCUAGUAUUCGGGUUGGCAAGUGCGUCAGUUGCGCCGUUUGCCUUUGAAGGGCAGUUAAUCGACCUUCCCAUCUGCUUCUUCCUGGGAUGUCUUGUUGGUACUCUACAGAUUAUCGUCGCGCCUCGAUCCGAUCUUUACAACAAUGUUUUCGAGAUCACCGCCGCUGUAUUAACCAGUUUCCUGAGUAGAGCAUUUGGCAGUAUUGCGGGCGGGACGUUAUUUUGUUUCUCAUCCUUGGCCCAGAGUUCUAUCGCAUUAAUUCUCCCUGGGUGGUUUGUCUUGUGCUCUGCUCUUGAACUUCAAUCCCGCGCUUUGGUACCUGGCUCCAUUCGUAUGGUUUAUGCCAUCAUCUAUUCGCUGUUCCUCGGUUUUGGCAUUACUGUUGGAACCGCCCUUUACGGUUUGAUGGAUCCUAAAGCUACUUCGGCAACGACCUGUCCAAACCCUAUACCUACUUACUACCGAUUUUUCUUUGUACCAAUCUUUACUAUGUGUCUUGCCUUCGUCAACCAGGCAAAAUGGAAGCAGAUGCCUGUUAUGGUUGUUAUUGCUUUUGCCGGAUACAUUGUGAACUUCUUCAGCAGCCCCAAAUUUGCGGCCAGCCCACAAAUAGCCAACACACUAGGUGCCUUCACUGUCGGUGUCCUUGCGAACUUAUAUUCAAGAUUAAGGCAUGGCGUGGCGGCUGCCGCUCUUUUGCCCGCUAUCUUCGUACAGGUACCCAGUGGCUUGGCAGCGACUGGAAGCCUUUUGAGCGGGUUGAGCACAGCAAAUGAACUAAAUAAUUCGACGGAAGUCGUUAACGGUACCAGUACUGUCACGAUUCAACAAGGCCAACCCCUUGAUACGAUAGUGUUCAACGUCGCCGCAUCGAUGAUCCAAAUUGCCAUCGGCAUUACUGUCGGCCUUUUCCUAAGCGCACUCAUCGUCUACCCGUUAGGGAAACGCCGGAGUGGUUUAUGGACCCUCUGA